UCGUCCCUCCGCCCACUUCCGGUCGGUGUCGUAAUUCCGCUUUGCUGGGCGCGCGGUGGACGGUCAGAAACGUAGAGCACGGCUUUCGCUGGGGUUUCGUGGCCCCGGAGCCCAGCAUGGCUUCCUCACGAGCCUCCUCCACGGCAACCAAAACUAAGGCACCUGAUGACUUAGUCGCUCCGGUUGUGAAGAAACCACACAUCUAUUAUGGAAGUUUGGAAGAGAAGGAGAGGGAGCGCCUGGCCAAAGGAGAAUCUGGGAUUUUGGGAAAAGAAGGACUUAAAGCAGGAAUUGAAGCAGGGAACAUUAACAUAACUUCUGGAGAAGUGUUUGAAAUUGAAGAGCACAUCAGUGAGCGACAGGCCGAAGUGUUAGCCGAGUUUGAGAGAAGGAAGCGAGCCCGGCAGAUCAAUGUUUCCACAGAUGACUCAGAGGUCAAGGCUUGCCUUAGAGCCUUGGGGGAACCCAUCACACUUUUUGGAGAGGGUCCUGCUGAAAGAAGAGAAAGGUUAAGAAAUAUCCUUUCAGUGGUCGGUACUGAUGCCUUAAAAAAGACGAAAAAAGAUGAUGAGAAAUCAAAGAAGUCCAAAGAAGAGUAUCAGCAAACCUGGUACCAUGAAGGACCAAACAGCCUGAAGGUUGCUAGACUGUGGAUUGCUAAUUACUCGCUGCCCAGGGCAAUGAAACGCUUGGAAGAGGCCCGUCUUCAUAAAGAGAUUCCUGAGACAACUAGAACCUCCCAGAUGCAAGAGCUGCACAAAUCUCUCCGGUCUUUGAAUAAUUUCUGCAGUCAGAUUGGGGAUGAUCGGCCUAUCUCCUACUGUCACUUUAGUCCCAAUUCCAAAAUGCUGGCCACCGCUUGUUGGAGUGGGCUUUGCAAGCUCUGGUCUGUUCCUGAUUGCAACCUCCUUCACACUCUUCGAGGCCAUAACACAAACGUGGGAGCAGUUGUAUUCCAUCCGAAAUCCACUGUUUCCUUGGACCAAAAAGAUGUCAAUCUGGCCUCUUGUGCUGCUGAUGGUUCUGUGAAGCUUUGGAGCCUUGACAGUGAUGAACCAGUGGCAGAUAUUGAAGGCCAUACAGUGCGCGUGGCCCGUGUAAUGUGGCAUCCAUCAGGACGUUUCUUAGGUACCACCUGCUAUGACCGUUCAUGGCGCUUGUGGGAUUUGGAGGCUCAAGAGGAGAUCCUGCAUCAGGAAGGCCACAGCAUGGGUGUGUAUGACAUUGCCUUCCAUCAAGAUGGCUCUUUGGCUGGCACUGGGGGACUGGAUGCAUUUGGUCGAGUUUGGGACCUGCGCACAGGACGUUGUAUCAUGUUCCUAGAAGGUCACCUGAAGGAAAUCUAUGGAAUAAAUUUCUCCCCCAAUGGCUACCACAUUGCAACUGGCAGUGGCGACAACACCUGCAAAGUGUGGGACCUUCGACAGCGGCGUUGUGUCUAUACCAUUCCUGCCCAUCAGAACUUAGUGACGGGUGUCAAGUUUGAGCCUAUCCAUGGGAAUUUCUUGCUUACUGGUGCCUAUGAUAACACAGCCAAGAUCUGGACCCACCCAGGCUGGUCCCCACUGAAGACUCUGGCCGGCCAUGAAGGCAAAGUGAUGGGCCUAGACAUUUCUUCCGACGGGCAGCUCAUAGCCACUUGUUCAUACGACAGGACCUUCAAGCUCUGGAUGGCUGAAUAGGCAGGACCAUGGAAGAAGGAUUCUAGCCUCACUCUCUCUUUAGAGUCAUUUUCAAAAGAAAGGAAUUGAUGUGUUUUGUUCUAUCAUGUAUUUUGCCAAUUACCAUGUGUAGAUCCUUAAAAGAAUUGGAUUUCCAUGUCAGCUGCCACUUCAGGCAGGCAGCCCAGUCCCUGGGUAUUGGUGAACCUUUUUCAUGGUUGAAAUUUUAAUUUUCAUCUUCAAGCCCUGCUAUAAACUUUGUAGACGUUGUUUUUAUUAAUCUUCUGUUUGAACGCCCUGUUGCUUCCCUCACAGCACUUGGGACUGUGACUGACUCCGUUUUUAAUUCUUGAAACUUGGCUUUCGUUACAUGGUACAUGCUUCAGGACUACAUGUGAACCAGAGAGCAAGGUGGCUGGACUGUGUUCUGGAAGCCCUCGAGUAGAGAGGCACAUCUCACCAUGCACUGGCUAAACAGUGCCUGACAGAGUGAGAACCCUGAGAAUGGGAGGUGAAGAAGCAGACCACAGCUAUGCUCAGGGUUCUGCAGUGGAGAAGAUUUUACCUCUUCCUGAUGAGUUCACUUGGAUUGCUAACUGUAUCGGGAAGCUCAGAACUGAACAUUUGCCCCGUCAGAAAAUGUCUUCCAUUUUGCUUUGAAGUUUGACGUCCUUUGUGUUACCCAAAAGCUAGGCCAUUGUGUCAAGAUACAAUGAAAUUUUUAGAAAGCAAA